AUGGUCAAGUACAAUCAGACCUCGCCUCCUGUACAUCAUCAACCUCACGGAGGUGCAUAUACUCCUGGAAGCUCCGUUGUUUCCUACCAGAACCAGCCAUACACUCAUCCCUAUCAACAAGCUGUGUCUCCGCCUACAAGCCCUCUAUCAGCGCAGUCAACUGGUUACGUGACGUCCCCUCUCUCACAUCAUCCAAGUCAACAAAACACUAUGCAGCAGUACCAACAGCCCAUUGCCUACAAUGGUCAGCAAAGCGUCGUCUAUCAACAACAGGGCUCGGGCAGUGGUCAGCAGGAAAGCCCAAUGCAGAACAAAAGUGCCACUGCCCCCGUGACUACCACGGCUCUCAACACCACGAGCAGCAACCAGAUUGAGAAAGAACGAGCGGAAAAGGAGUUCCCUGUCAAACUCAAAGGAAGCAAGCACUUCUUCGAGCCUCGCUCCAUCUACCGUUGGCGCAACCCAGUUCUGUACCAGAAGCCUGGGUACAACUACACCAACAAUGAAGUCAAGAUAAGACAUCGCGACUACGCUGGCCGUGUCGAAUACAAGACUCGCUCGGAUCGGUAUCUCCAUCCCAACGAUGGUCAUCUUCGCAACAUGUACGUAGCAUGCGUCGAUGACAUUUUCGAAGGACCCGGUACUUCCACUUGGAAGAGGACUUAUGUCCGCAAGGUUGCGCCCCUCAAGGUGCGAAUCGCGACGUGGAUCAUCGACUUUAGCUAUGAUCCGCAGAGCUGGGAGGAUUGGGGUAUCAUGGUGUUGAGGACCUUUCCUGCGGCAAUUGCCAUGAUGCUUGUUUUCUGGGAAGGCAAGCCAAAUGUCAUCAGGCGGAAGCUCUACUAUGCCCCCGUUCUCUAUAAGUACCAUGGCGAUGCUAAAGUAUGGAGCAACCUCUACGAGAACCGAAAGGGUCUCUCCCUCAUGGCUCGCAACAAUACCAUCUAUCGCAUGCUGCGACCUCGCUAUCUAUGCUUCCUUCGAGAGGCCUUCAACGAUGAGAUCAGAGGCGUUGAUGUCCGUAGCGUAGAGGAGUGGGAGAAUAGCGAUGGCCAAGAUGUCAACCUUUCCUAUUUGUUCGUCGCCUACUCCACAGAGCAUUUCAGCCAUAACUCCCAGGAGGACAUGACGGCUCUUCAUCACAUUGCCGAGACUGCUUGUCGUGCAGCGAAGCUACCUGCGUACUGGAUCGCUUGUAGUUGCAUGCGCGAUGAGAAUGAACUCGAGUCUGAUGUUUAUCGUAUCUCUGAUGUUCUCCGUGGCUCAGACAGAAUGGUCAUCGCCGUUGGAAGAGGCAAAGGGUCCAGGGCCGGAUCUUCAGGCAAAGCAAAUACUGAGACCCUCCUCCGCGAAUGGGGUAGCCGAAUGUGGACAUUCCCAGAGGUACUCCUCAGUCCAGGACGUACCAUCUCAAUUUACACCAGGGAUGGCAACCUCCAGUCACCCAUGGUGGUUGCCAAGAACCAGUUUGCUGCUCAAGUCUGGACAUAUAUGGACUCUGAUGUGGCUCGCCACCUUAUUGACCACUACCUUGGCUCCAUCAGCCUGAGUCGUCUUGAACAGGCUGUUCUCGCACUCAAGUGUCUGUACAGUCGCCAUACAACCGAAUAUCUCGCAGGUGACCAGGCAUAUGCGCUCAUGGGUCUCUUGAGACUUCGACCCCAGGUUGACAGAACCGACACUGCCUUCCAGGCUUUCUCUAGAUUGUCUCUGGCAAAUGACUCGGAUCAACUGCUUGAGCGUUACAUCUGCACCCUUCCCCUAUCACUUGAACAGCCGUGGUAUGACAUGCAAGAUGCAUACGAGUCCUCCCUUUGGGACAUCACACCCUACUGUCAAGUUGCCGGCAUCUCUGAUAACGACACCAUUAUCAUCGACGGCGCAUGGGGCAUUUCUAUCCGCUGGAAGGCAUUUUAUCCAGUGUACUGGUCUACAGGCCCAUCGUGGAAGAGAUGGUUCUCCGAACUCGCGGUCGAAUGGAAUGGAGGUUUCUUCAUCGCUGCCGUCUCCCUCCUCGCUGCUGGUGCUCCUUUAGGUUCAUAUGGGGCAUCCUAUAUCAUCCCCGGUGUCCUGUUUCUCCUUCUGUUCCUGUACAUCUGGAUGAUCACGCCAAACUUGGUCCGUGUUAUCUACAGUGGCAAGUUUGCCGCCACUCAGGCUGAGAUGUUUGGGUUUGAAGGCCACCUCAACGCCCCCACCAUUGAGCGAUCCAUCUUUGGUGGCGCUUUUGGUCGCCUGGCUUGGUCCACGAGCGGAAGUCUUCUUAGUCGUAGCGUGAUUAAUGAGUUUGGUGAGCGUGUCGGAAUUGAUCCAUGCAGAGAUCCUGAGGUCAGGAUGAAGGUUGAGCGAGCCAAGCAAGCUCGUCCGGGUGAGAUGAGGAUCUUCACCCUUGUUGACACAUACAACAUGGAAAUGACCUUGUUCGAAGCCGUCAGGCCACCUGUCACUCUCAUGUUCUGCGCUUCUGAAGGUGGAAUGCAACGAGCCAUUGGAUGCUCGUAUGAGUGGGAGACGCAAACCAUGUAUCGCGAGACGGUUCUUCGAAUGCCCACGACUGCUUUGAACCGUAUGGAUCGUGUUCCCCGGUUCCGCAUGGGCAUUCAGAGACCACAACACCCAUCCGCUCCGUACACUGGCGCUGUUUAA